GGAUCAGAAGCCAAUGAAGAAUAUGGUGAAGGAGAAGCGGCGAUAAUCUGUUUGAGUAAGUAUGCACCGGUCUGAAGAGACAUGGGGCUGUAUCGGGGAUGGCAACGACUCCAGUUCCCUGGGUUGCAGGCCUGCGUGCUCCACACGGCAGCUGUGCCAACCCCUCCGCACUGGUUGGCAGAGCGGCUUGUCCUUUUUGAGGAGCUAUGGGCUGCUCAGGUAAAGAGGUUUGCAAGCGUGGCACAGAAGGAACCCCGGACUAUUAAGGUAUCACUUCCCGGAGGCCAGAAAGUGGAUGCUGUGGCAUGGAACACAACCCCUUACCAACUAGCCCAGAAGAUCAGUUCAGUGCUGGCAGAUACUGCAGUAGCUGCUCAAGUGAAUGGAGAACCUUAUGAUCUGGAGCGGCCCUUGGAGACAGAUUGUGAUCUUAGAUUUCUGACAUUCGAUUCCCCAGAGGGAAAAGCAGUGUUCUGGCAUUCCAGCACCCAUGUCCUGGGGGCAGCGGCUGAACAAUUCCUGGGUGCUAUUCUCUGCCGAGGUCCAAGUACAGAAUGUGGCUUUUACCAUGAUUUCUUCCUGGGAAAGGAUCGGACAAUCCGGGGCUCAGAGAUACCUGUUUUAGAACGGAUUUGCCAGGAAUUUGCAGCCACUGCUCAACCCUUCCGGAGGCUAGAGGCUUCCCAGGAUCAGCUUCGCCAGCUCUUCAAGGAUAACCCCUUUAAGCUUCACCUGAUUGAGGAGAAAGUGACAGGUCCAACAGCAACAGUAUAUGGGUGUGGCACAUUGGUUGAUCUUUGCCGGGGGCCCCACCUUCGCCAUACUGGACAGAUUGGAGGACUAAAGCUGCUAACGAACUCAUCAUCUUUAUGGAGAUCUUCAGGGGCCCCUGAGACACUGCAGAGAGUGUCAGGGAUUUCCUUCCCCACAGCAGAGUCGCUGAGAGCCUGGGAAGCAUGGAGAGAAAAGGCAGAGCUGCAGGACCACCGGCGCAUUGGGAAGGAGCAGGAGCUCUUCUUCUUCCAUGAACUGAGCCCCGGGAGUUGCUUCUUCCUGCCACGAGGAACAAGGGUGUACAAUGCACUGGUAGCAUUUAUCAGGGAGGAAUAUGCUCGUCGUGGUUUCUCAGAGGUGAAAACCCCCACGCUGUUUUCUACAAAACUCUGGGAACAGUCAGGGCACUGGGAGCAUUAUAGGGAAGACAUGUUUGCCCUGCAGCCCCCAGGCUCUGACAGGCCCACCAGCUCCCAGAGUGACCGCCCUACCAGGCAUCCCACAGACACACUUGCCCUCAAGCCCAUGAACUGCCCUGCACACUGCCUGAUGUUCGCCCACCGGCCUAGAUCCUGGCGGGAACUGCCCCUGCGACUGGCUGACUUUGGGGCCCUGCACCGUGCUGAAGCCUCUGGCAGUCUGGGGGGACUGACCCGGCUUUGGCGCUUCCAGCAGGAUGAUGCUCACAUCUUCUGUACACCAGAUCAGCUAGAAGCAGAGAUCCAAAGCUGCCUUGAUUUUCUCCGCUCUGUCUAUACGGUCCUUGGCUUCUCUUUCCACCUGGCACUGUCCACUCGGCCAUCUGGCUUCCUUGGAGACCCUUGCCUUUGGGACCAGGCUGAACAGGUCCUUCAGCGGGCUCUGGAGAAAUUUGGAGAACCCUGGGAUCUCGACUCUGGACAUGGUGCUUUCUAUGGGCCUAAGAUUGAUGUGCACCUCCGUGAUGCCCUGGGUCGGCCCCGUCAGUGUGGGACAAUCCAGCUUGACUUCCAACUGCCCUUGAGAUUUGGCCUCCAGUUCAAGGGGCAGGCAGGGGCCCUGGAGCGUCCAGUCCUCAUUCAUCGAGCAAUACUCGGUUCUGUGGAAAGGCUGUUGGGAGUGCUGGCAGAAAGCUGUGGGGGGAGAUGGCCACUGUGGCUAUCCCCAUUCCAGGUGGUAGUCAUCCCUGUGGGGACUGAGCAAGAAGAAUAUGCCCGAGAGGUACAACAGAGCCUACAGUGUGCCGGACUGGUCAGUGACCUGGAUGCUGACUCUGGGCUAACCCUCAGCAGGAGAGUCCGCCGGGCCCAGCUUGCCCACUACAAUUUUCAGUUUGUGGUUGGCCAAAAAGAGCAAAGUAAGAGAAUUGUGAAUAUUCGGACCCGAGAUAACCAUCGCCAUGGAGAGUGGGGCCUGACUGAGGCUGUGCGACGCCUGGUAGAACUUCAGAACAGCAGGACCCCAAAUGCUGAAGAAGUUUUCUGAGCCUUUGUACAUAGAUGAGACAAAGACCAACCUGCAAGAGCCAAUAGCCUCCAAUGACAUGGGAAGCCCCAGCAUAACUGGCAGUCUGGAGUCCCUGAGGACCCUCAGAACUCAGUGGAGGCAUGUGUCUGCUCUCCUAGGGGACCCCACAGAGGGAAGGAGCCUCUGGCUAUUUGGAUGUGAGGAGAGUAAAACUUAAAAAAAAUAAACUUGAAGCUCUUGGG